AUGGCGGCCUCUACCAUCAACAAUGGCGAGACUGAGGAGAUAACUGAUAGUCUCAAUCCUCCAAUAUCCAUGGCUGCUUCCGAGGCUAACAAUGAGGAUCGAGACGACCCACCCACGUCAUUGCAAAGUUGCUUUGAAUUUUUGAGAACUUUCUGCCGGGCCACAGGGACCGUUCCAAUAUUGAUUGUUACACUUCUUGUAGCCUUUGGUAUUGGCAGUGUGGUAGGGGUUGUUCCCGAUGUGAUAGCAGAUCGAUACGCACGAACUCGCCACCAUUACAGUGGUCCUGAUUGCGCUACCUUUAAUCGCCAAGAAAAGCCAGAUGCUUGUCAAGAUGGAGCAGAUGAUGCUCAGUAUGCCGCAGCAGUUGCCACCUUGGUGCUGAAUCUAUUGACGCUAAUAUUCAACCCUGUCGUUGGAACCUACAGUGAUCGUCAGGGACGAAGAGGAGUCAUUAUCAUCAGCGUGGUGCUGUAUUCUUUAGGAACCGUUGCUCUUGUCUUUCUGCAACUUUUGCCGUGGUUGAGUCCCAAUGCCUACUAUUUCGCGGUCAGCCUGGCGGGAGCAGUGGAUUUUACGUCCAUGAGUUUUGCAGCAGCCUCCGAUGUGUUGUCGCCAGAAAUUCGAGCCGCUGGUUAUGGCAUCCUUUUGUCUGGCUUUUAUGCUGGAUUUUCUCUGGCGCCACAACUGCCGUUGUUGAUGAAUCAUUUCCAAGUGUCUGUGCUUUCGGUUGUAUUCUUCCUUUUGGCAAUCGUGUUGGCUUUCGUGGCAUUGCCCGAAACGCUUCCACAAGAUGUCGCCGAGGAAAACCGUCAAUCCUUGGAACGACAACAGCAACGCCAACAACGCGGGAACCAGCUUCGUUGGAGUACCAGUGGCAGCAGUUAUUCCGACGAAGAAGGGAGCGAACCCUUUCUCUACAACAGUGAGGAUUAUCCGCAAUCACCUGAUAAUACGCAUUGGAUUGUUGUCAUCAUCCAAACAGCCACAAAGCCUCUGCGAGACAUGGAGAUUUUGACAACAGGCAAUUUACCAAUCUUAGCGGCUGCAUCCUUCUUCAGUGCCAUGGUGUACUCCUCGGAUAAGACCCUUAUUGUGUACUACAUUGAAGACCAACUGAAUGUGAGGGAUGAUGAUAUUGCCAAGAUGUUUCUCAUCUUUUGUCCAUUGGGUGUGGUAAUUCAAGCAUUCUUCCUGCAACCCAUGCUGAACUUGUUCGGUGAAAAGAACCUCAUGGUCAUUGCCUUCGUCUCUGGGACAUGCCACAACUUAUUGUACGGAUUGGCAAAGACGAAAAACACAAUCCUCGUGGCCCUCUGUCUGUCACAAUUGACCAAGGUCAGCUUUCCACUUUUAUCGGCCUACGCCUCCAAAUCAGCCUCGGUCAAUGAGCAGGGUCGUGUACAAGGGGCAUUGUUUGCACUCAAUGCACUGGCCAAUGCCGUAGGGCCAAUGAUUUUAGAGUUUGUCUAUGACCAUUCCAAGAAUGGACACAGUUUGUUUGGUCCUGGCAGUAUGUUUGUGUGUGCCUCUGGGAUAUAUGCAAUGGGGACUAUCAUGGUGACAUUUCUUCCCAAGGGGGGAGACGAGGAAGAUGUAGGCAAUCGAGCGCUGCCGGAAGUCGUUGACAUGAGGGUGGGAACGGAGAUUUGUGGAGGCGAAGACGACAUGGACCAGGAUGACACCCAAUCACUGCGAGAACCACUGCUGGAUCGUAGUAAUGACAGCACUGAGUCUGCUGUGAGUACUAGUAGAAUACAUUCCUAA